AUGGGCUCCGGCGAGGACACCCCCGGAGGAACCGGUGGAGGAGUCGGCGGGAUAGUCCGGGGUGCGCUGCUGAAGGCGCUCGUCGUCUUCGGCGGCGUUAUUCUCAUCCGGCGGCUGCGCCGCUCCACCACCCGGUGGGACCACGCCCGCGCCGUCGCCAACGCCCUCUCCGGUGAAAAGUUCUCGAGGGAGCAGGCGAGGCAGGAUCCUGGAAACUAUUUCAACCUUAGAAUGCUCACUUGCCCUGCAACUGAGAUGGUGGAUGGUUCUGGAGUGCUCUACUUUGAGCAAGCAUUUUGGAGAGCUCCAGAAAAACCUUUCCGACAAAGAUUCUACAUGGUAAAGCCAUGUCCAAAGGAGAUGAAAUGCGACGUUGAGUUGAGUUCUUAUGCAAUUAGAGAUGUUGAAGAGUACAAGAAUUUCUGUGACCGACAAAAAGAUCAGAGGCCGCAGCCAGAAGAAGUAAUUGCGGAUAUCGCAGAGCAUUUGACCACCAUACACUUAUCACGAUGUGAACGCGGAAAACGCUGCUUAUAUGAAGGAUCAACCCCACUGGGAGGUUUUCCCAACAGUUGGAGUGGUGCAGCAUAUUGUACAUCUGAUCUGUCCAUUCACAAGAAUAGUGAAAUACACAUUUGGGACAAGGGUUUUGACGACAAUGGAAGCCAGGUUUGGGGAACCAAGGCUGGCCCUUACGAGUUUAAGCCUGCUCCCAAGUCCAAUUAUGAUGACAUGUUCUCACCUUUAAAUUUCUCUGCCCCCUUGUCACUAGAGAAGAUGGAAAGUUCACAUGCAAUUGAUGACCAGUAG